AUGAUGGACCAGAAAAGCAGGUUUCAAUCGCUUAUUCUUUAUGCUCUUGAACAUGAUAUGUUGGAUACUGCCGAAUUUACUGCUGAACGGCUAUUAUCAUAUGAGCAAAAUGAUAUAUUUCUGAGUUCAUUGAAUCCAUCAAUGACUCAACAGAAAACCUAUAAGUCAAAGUCUUUAGGCUCAAAUUCCAAGGAAAGACAAUUCACUUUACCUUCUGCAUCAUUGGAAAGUAUAUAUCUAUAUGCAUAUGUCUUAUAUAGACGCCGUCGAUAUAAGGCCGCUUAUAAUGUAACUGCCGAUUAUUGUGGUCAACAUGUUGGUUGCUCUUAUAUCUUCUCUAAAAGUUGUCUUCAACUAAACAGAGAGAGUGAUGGAAUCAGAAGCUUACUUGCAACAAUGUCCAUGUGGGAGAAUACCAAUAAUUCUUCCUCAUUCUCGAGCGGUAUUAACCCGGAUAAUAUCGCUUGCUUCAUGCUACUAGGCAAAUUAUAUUCAAAGAUUGGUGAUAUUCCACGUUCAACAAUAAACUUUAGUAAGGUUUUGGAGAUCAAUCCGUUUAUUUGGGAGGCUCUUGAAGAGUUGAGUAGAAUGGGCGUCAAGAUUAAUGUUGACUCGAUCUAUAAUUCCAAAGAUGAAGAUGCGUUUACGAAUCAAAUUGAUGAAAAAACCGGAUUGGAGCAUAACAACACAAGUGAUAUGGACAAUGGCACCAGUACUAACAUAAGUAGCAAUAAAAAUCAUAUAUUUAAAACACCAAUUACAAAAAAGAAAACAACUCUUCUGACAACUAGUAGUCCCGAGAAUACUUUUAUCACGCCUAUCAAUAAGGCAGGAAAAAACAAUGGUUCCUCUAAAAGAGGUUCAAACAUAACUUCAAGGUUAAUACAUAACAAUACUUCACUCAACAACCAAAAGGAUUUGGAUGAUGAUGUGGGGUUGAAGAAGUACAUACUUGGAUCAAGUUUCAACAAUGAUGUCUUCAAAUCAAGUUCUAAAAAUCCCAAAUAUACAAGAAAUAAAUUCGUUUUGAAUGAAACGCCUACCCUCUUUGACAAUAUAGGGGAGAAUCUAACUCUUGAGAAUAGUAAUAGCUACAUUGUAUCGAUAUACGCAAAAUUGGCUAAGGGGUUACAGGCUUCUACGGCCUAUGAUUGUUUCAAAGCAAUUCGAAUCUUUGAUUCCUUACCUGAUUAUGAGCGAUAUACUCCCUGGGUUAUCAGUAAGUUGGGUAGGCUGCAUUUUGAAAUUGUAAACUACGAAGAAGCUGAGUUAUACUACCAAAAAUUAAGAUUAAUAGAUAGGACCAGAUUACAAGAUAUGGAAUAUUAUUCUACACUCUUGUGGCAUUUGCACAAAGAAGUCGAAUUAAGUUUUCUUGCGCAUGAUUUGUAUGAAGUUGAAGCAAAUAGUGAGAUUACCUGGAUUAGUAUAGGUAAUUUGUUCAGUUUCCGCAAAGAAACUGAAGAUGCAAUCAAAUGUUUCGGUAAAGCAAUCAUAAUUAAUCCUCGAUGCUCAUAUGCGUACACCCUACAGGGGCAUGAAUACUUGGCAACAGAUGCAUUUGAGAAUGCAAUGAGUUGUUUUAGACAUUCUAUUCUUAUUGAUAAGAGACAUUAUAAUGCAUUUUAUGGUAUUGGAAUGAUUUAUUUGAAGUUAGGAGAUUUCAGAAAGGCUGAAUUUCAUUUCCGUAAGGCUAUUGAAAUCAAUCCGGUUAAUGUUAUCUUAAUCUGUUGUGUGGGGAUGGUAUUGGAAAAAUUGGACAAGAGGGAGGAGAGCUUAAAGCAGUAUGAAUUUGCCGUAAAACUACAACCAUUAUCUAUGUUAGCAUUAUUCAAGAAGGCACAAGUGUUAUACAGUAUGGGAGAAUUUGAUGAAGCCCUUAGAGAUUUCCAAAAAUUAGAGAAUUUGGCGCCCGAUGAGGCAAGUGUUCAUUUUAUCCUUGGAAAGCUAUACAAGCAUUUUGGACGCAAGUAUGAAGCAAUCAGACAGUUUACAAUUUCACUCAAUCUAGAUCCAAAGGGUUCACACUUAAUAAAAGAAUCACUGGAGAGCUUGAAUGAGGAUUGA